AUAUAGUGAAUGCAGGGUCCAGGGAGAUCAGAUAUAGUGAAUGCAGGGUCCGGGGAGACCAGAUAAAGUGAAUGCAGGGUCCGGGGAGACCAGAUAAAGUGAAUGCAGGGUCCGGGGAGACCGGAUAUAGUGAAUGCAGGGUCCGGGGAGACCAGAUAAAGUGAAUGCAGGGUUUAGUAACACUUCAAAAAUUGCCAAUCAUGUCCAUUUUUUAUUCUUUGUCUCCUCCUGGUGAAUUCAUACUCCAUUCCAUAAGGAUCGGCCUUCACGCAUUAAAUGCAUUU